UAAAGAUUGUGAACUUUUAAUGUAAACGAUCCAGGAAACUACCCGUAAGAGUACACCAGAGACUGGCGCUCACAUUCUUUGAUGUUCCGAUGRUUGACACCUCCAAAUAGAGCCAAUUCAAAUUGAUAGGAUCUUGGGCGAACAAUUGCGGCUACAAAUGCUGUGUCCAUGCAUUGGAGGUCUGUCUUCAUCACUGGCCCAUCAAAUCCUCCGACACACAAGAAGCUGUUAAAGUUCAGUAGAAACUGAGCGCUAAGUGAACCAUAAGCGAGUUUAGAAAUUUUUUGUGACGAGUCAGACUACGUCAGAUGUUUUUCAUAACAUCACUUGCGCGCGUCCUCUGACUACUUCAGUCGUGAAUUUGGUAGUCCUUUUGUCAUGUCCAAAGUACAGAACGAGCACAAAUUCAGGAUGCAUUCCAGAAAAUUCGUAAAUUACUCCACUGUCUAUCGAUCAUGAGUUUCCAGUAAGAAAUAGAGAACCCAUUGGGAAUCGCUACACAUUAUCAUAUUGAAAUUCCAGCUGGAUAGGAAACAUGGCGGAAGCCGUGAGCAACGACCAAGCGGUUGAGCAAGACGAAGAAACGUCGGGCGAGAAAACUGAACCACUUGAUAAAUGGCUGUUAGCCUUGAAAGAAGAUCUGGCAUCGUGGAUAUCUCGUUUAUUAAAGAUGGAUAUCACCGUCGAUACAUUUACGAACGUAUUGGAAACUGGAGUAGUUCUUUGCAAGCUUGCUAAUUCCAUUCAAAAUACCGGAGAAAAAUUCUUUAGCAGUAAUCGUAGAGGUAAAAUUGUGUUUCCACGAGUAGGAGUCAAAUUCAAGGACAGAGGAGCAGUACAAGGUUCUUUUAUUGCAAGGGAUAAUGUUUGUAAUUUUAUUCGCUGGUGUAGAGAUGUUGGUGUACCCGAUGUCAUUAUGUUUGAAACGGAGGACUUGGUAUCGAAUAAAAAUGAAAAAGCUGUUUUAUUGACUCUAUUGGAAGUAGCCCGAAGAGUCUUCAAGGUCGGCGUAGAUCCACCAGAACUUGUAAGACUGGAAAAUGAAAUCGAUAAGGAAUUACAGAAUGAACCAGAACAACCGAAGACCGAGCCUAUCUUGACUGUCCUGAAGAAAAAACACAAGUCUCACAGCCUAGACGAUCUUGUGUUUGAAGUUCAGAAAAAGUGUACUUGUCCAACAAUGUACCCCGUACAGAGAAUAUCCGACGGCAAAUAUUCCAUGGGAGAAUCCAAGAAUUUGAUAUUUGUUCGGGUUAUGAGGAAACAUGUUAUGGUUCGCGUUGGCGGUGGUUGGGAUACGCUUGAUAGAUAUUUUGAAAAACACGAUCCAUGUCGCUUAGUAGUCCAUCGAAGAUCUUCAAAGACUCCUCGUCCGCCGUCAGGGGGUCAGCAAAUGGAUGACUUUGUUCGUUCACCAAGCUCAACCAGCAUGGCGAGUUUGUCGAGUACAGAAUCGUACGAAUCUACAGGGACUACUUGCUCUUUUUUGUCAUCAUCACAACCGGUUGGUGGUAAGCGUAGCCCACGUGCCCGAACGUUAUCUGGUGGUAGAAACAGCCCUACAUUGGACCGUUGUCUUUCCCCAKGACGAGGGUCUCAUAGCCGACACAGAUCACCAUGUAAUCGUCCCACUCCUCCUCGGACUAUACAAACACAAGGAAAGCUAUCAUCAAAGAGUAAAAGCUUGCAAGAUUUGCAACAACGACGAGGUUCAGAGCCUARAUCUCUAAGUUCCAGUUUYCCUGUACCUCGGCGAAGACCUUCCUCAGUACAAAGGCCAAGCACUGCACCGGGUUCCCAGGCAACUCCCGGUCAGAGAAGAAAAAGUGUCGCUGUCACACCUCGUAGAGARGACGCUCGCUCGYCACAGKCGACWAAACAGCCGACAAAUACCCGAUCACAAGUAUCAUCAUUACCGCGUGGCAUAUAUCAUCGCAGCAAAAGCAUGCAAGACCUUAAUAGAGUGUCUACCUCUAGCAAAACUAGUAUUCCAACGGCUAGCCCAAGAAAAUCACGACCAACUUCGUCGAAAGCACGCCCUUCUUCGGCAGCUGCCGAUCGCUCAAGAUCGGAAGGUCCUCGUAACGCGCCCUCGAYUACCCGAAGGGCUUCGACUUCACAGGUUUCACGGAAACAUUCAAACAGUGUUUCUUGCGAAAGCCCAAGAAGGCGACCGCCCUAUACUCCCGGCAGCCCAGUAAGCAGUCCAAGAACUACCCGAAGAUCCUCGAGUACUCCUCGAGGGACUUAUAAUAGUCCCGUUAGUAGCCCGAGAAUUUCCCGAAGAAAGUCGUCGACGCCAAAAGCUACUUUGGUCAACAGRCCGGAUCCAAUGAGACGCGCAAUAAGCAAUCUUACCACACCCCCUUCAAGGAGAAGAGUUUCAAGGAGUGCCUCCUUUGGUUCAAAGGARGACUUGUCCAAGCAACUCCUUAGCAACGGAACAGGAAAAGCACCGUCACCAAGAAAAUCAGGUAUGAGCGGUAUUCCUAGACCAAAAUCUUCCAAAGUUCCAAUCAAGGUUCCUGGAAAACAGUCACCCGCCAAGACCCAGCUUCUAAACACAACUACGCAUGUCAGUCGGACUAAACAAGAAGCUCUCUCAAAUGGAACACCUUACGGAUCACCUGUUAAGUCUKAUAAACCCCCACACGACCCCUGUGAGGAUAUUUCUACUCCUUUUGAUAAUUARAGCGGCUUCACGUCAGAGGAAACUUCUAGCUUAAUUUCAGAAAAGGAUGAAUUAUACUUAAUUCCUAAUGACUUUAACAUUGGGUUUAAUAAUACUGAAAAUACCACUGAUACUUUAAAAACAUUAGAUUCUUCYUUUGGACCAACAGGAGACGGGCAUAGUACUUCAGAGUACGAUUAUCUAGACUGUGAAUCGGAUUUAUCAGGAGUAAAAAGCCCGCGUUCAAUAAGCAGCGGCUUUUCGUUCGGUACCAGUCCUACCAAAGAGCUAUUCGACUCGAGUGAUUUCAUAACUCCAGUGACUGAAGAGCUGGACGAGCUAGGAAAUGUUGGAAUUUUAGAACGUUUAAAAAGCUUGAAUGUUGAGCAGUCUUCAGUUCGACCCACCCUGAGAGAGAAAAUCUUCACAGAACAAACCACGCCCCAAACCCCGCCUCAACAGUCGUCAGCGUCAUUUUCAGCCUCUGAAUACAUGCAGAAAGAGCCUGAGGAGAGAUCAAAGUUCUUUGACAUCGAGAAAGAGUUUCCUAAUGAUACGACUGACGGGGGAAAUGAUCCAAACUGUCCAGAAUCACCAAGGAAAUUCUCCCUAGUGAGUGCCUUAAUUGGUAGCAUUGAAAGGAGAAACGAACCUCAAAAGAACAGAAAGGACUCCUUUGAAUCCCAGACGAAAUUUSUUAGCGAAGAAUCCACAGAGCCUCGCUCUGGUAGCGAGGCGGUGACUGGUUCACGUGGAAGUAUGCAUGAAGAAAUUGAAAUGGGAUCUGUUCAAAACACGAUUCGAGAAGAAACUUCAUCAGAUGUAAACAAAGCCCUGGACGAAAACGACAAUUUACGAAAUGACCAGAAAACGUCAAGAAAUGAAGACAGCGAUGAUACAAACCAAGACGAAAAUAACGUCAAAACCACAGGUAGCCCAAAGCAUAAAGAACUUGCAAUGGAUUCCUUUCCUCGGGCACAACAUAUAUGCUCGUUAGAUGACAUGAUUGACGACAUGUUACCAACCAACGAUUCUGGUAAAGAACCGGCAUUUCAAGCAAUAAUUUAGAUGAAUUUAGAUCUUAGUUAGACCAUUUUCUCUAGGUGUUUAGUUUUAAUGUAACUGUUUUGUUUCAGUUAUGAUUGAUAGAUAGUUCGCAAGUACCUCUCGAGUAGAGGAUUACCCAUCCUCGACCAUCCUCCUCCGCUUCUUACGCGAAUCAAAAUGGGUGGUAAAAAAUCCUCGGAUCGCUGGUUAGGUUCAUAAGUCCCAAUAUAAGCUGAAAAAUUGAUAGAUUUGAUGCUCUGAAAUUCAGGGGGUAUUUCCAGGUCUUUAAGACUGUACAUUAGUUUUUUUAUGUUAAGAAAAAUGCAAAAAUGGCUAGGUGAAAACUGAAUAACUUUUUUCAAUUUUGUGCCAGUCCAUUCCCUUUAGUUUGGCGAGCUUUUACUAUGAACAAAAUACAUAGUGAGGCUUACCGUUGUUUUAGUUUUUAGCUUACUAAAGCCUUCUUUAUCUUCUCUUGAACUAGGGAAGGAUCAAAAUAGUUAUUUACAAAGCAUGCAUACAUUUCUUAAAAGAUAAAAAUAUUAUUGACAUGCGUAUUGCAUGACUCAUUACCAGUUUUCUUCAUUUUGUACUAUGUAGAUAUAUAGUGCGCAUGUGUGUACAUUUUAUGAAACUGCAAGUGAUGACGAUCAAGAGUUAUUUUGGCUUGAAUAAUAGAUAGUGGAACRGGACUUUUACUAUUUAUAUUUUGUGAUGUUUUUAUAUAUAUUAUUUGUUGUUUAUGUUUUUUUUUGUUGUUGUCUCUGUUGUUCCCAUACCUUCCCUAUAUAUAACGUUGCUUUAUAAGUCUCAUAUACGUUUAAGGUUCACGUUGUAAUUUAUUUCCUGACCUCCGUUUUUCUAUAGAGGGCAUGUUCAGGAUUUCAAAUCAGCCAAACCUAUUUCUGACGAGAUCAUCACUUGCACAAAAUAUUACUCGCCCGAAUUAAAUCAGGAAUUGCGUCAUUACGAAGACAGUCGAUUUUAUAAUCUUACUUAUUUUUUAUUUGUUUUGUAUAGUUUAUUGAUAGUACGAAAGAUCUAUCAUUUCGUCGUUAUUAUCAUGAGAUAUUUAAAUGCUUUUUUAAGUUAUUUUUUAACAUUUACCUAAAGUAUGGCAAAGCUUGAUCAAUAUAUUUGGUUUUCCAGUAAACAGUURUAUUUAACAAGGUCUUAAUUUUUUGUUAUUGAAUAAGAAAUAAGACGGCGAAGGAGAAUAGGAGUAUUUAGAAAGAGAUGUUUCUGUAUAUUUUCUGUAUAUUUUAUUAGACAAAUGGGGUUAAAUUAGCUUCAAACAUCGACAUUUUCACAGUGUACUAGAACUGUAAAGAUGCCUUUGGGUUAUUAGAAUGCUUGAUUUGAUGUUAUUGAAUUUGAACAAUGAGCAGUUUCGAGCAAUGACGUCUUGUUUAUUUUGGCGAAGUGCAUCAUGGUAUUGAUGAAAAGAACGCAGGACGAAAUUUUCUCGAAGACUAAAUUGACAUAAUGACUCAUUUGCAGUCGAGAAUUUGCUUAGAAACUAUUGAAAAAGGAGCCUGCACGGCACUAGAAUAUGCUCAAAGAUCUUUCUGUGGAAUAAGUCAUUCGUGACCGCAAAAAAUUACGACAAUAGCCUUCUUGAACACAASUSCWUGUUCUUCGUUUGUACUUUCGUCAAUCCCAUAAUGCAUCUUACCAUGAAACAUCCAUGACGUCAUAAGGGAAGUACCGUUAUGUAGAAAACAGCCUCUUUGUCAUCGUAAAGUAUAGUCAAUCAAAACCUAAGUCAAAGAUGGGCUUUAGCAGUUUGAAUAGUGGUGAGCAGUAGUGUUGUUUGAUUUCACGAAGGRGAAAUUUCCGCUCUUAAUUUUGACAGGGACUGAUCCAAAAACCAGGGGGUGUCCCAAAUGGGUAAAUUUAUCUACUGUUGUUUUAAAAACGAUUCAGGUUAUAACCGGCUGGCACCCCUGAGAGACAAUAAUCGAGUUUUGAGAUCUUAUUCGUGCAGCCUUCGAAAGCAUGRAUGGAUAUUCUCUCUUAUUUGGCAGAAAUCCUAUUGUAAUGCAAACACUCUGUGUACAAAGAAGACAAUGAAAAUSCAUACUUGAUUGAAGCUAAGCUUGCCCAAAAAAAGAAUUCGAAACWGGAGUAUUGGCCAGUAGGAGUUAUUGCAUCCAGUCAUAACAAUUAAGCGGAAUCAGUCUGCUUGUUCUAAAUGUGGUGUUAGGGGAUGUUUGGCGGAUCAAUGGAAACCCCUCCGAAUCCGCCCUUGUUCCGAAUGUAAUGUCGUUAAUCAGUAUURGACACAAUGCCAUUUGAUUUCCACAAAAAGGAUCUCACAGUGUAACACAGCAAACCAUUUGUCUCAGAUGGUCACUUAUAGCGUAAACGUACGUAUUGCGUCUGGGACGCGCGUCAUACGUAAACAACGCAAAGCAUUGCGUAGCAGCGUUUUUUUUGAGAUCGUUGAUUGCGCUCGAUGUGAAGACRAUAUAUGGUUGUGUAAUAUUUAGUUGAGAGCAGUGAAUGGCYUUGUUGUAGAAGUUUUUAUACCAGUAAUUAUAUAAAUGCUAGCCAACUUAUUCAAUUUCCAAAAUUGUAUUUUUACAUGCCACUUGUCAUUUUAAUAUUUUAGUUGAUAACUUGAUUUAGAAUAAAACUUGCUUAAUUUUGUA